AUGUUUUCUAAUAGAAGAAUUAAAAAACGACCGAAUCGUUUAUGUUGUUUUAUUAUUAUUCUUUUUAUAUUCUUUUUAUUAAUUUUAAAAUAUGCCUACAAAUUAUCACCAUUUUAUCCAAGUCAAUCAAAAAAUUGUUCUCAACUAUGUCCUUAUUCAAGUAUAUUAAGCAAUGAUACAUUACAAUUCGAUUCAACACAUUUUAUUCGACAUUUUCCAGACUUUGUUUGUCCACAAAAUUUUCGAAAUCUUGCUGAUUGGGUAUACGGUUGGCCUAAUCAAUUUCAUGAACAUUUAAAACAAACAACUAAUCAAGGAAUAAAAAUUGCUCCUUGUCUACCACCUGGUAGUAUAAUUUAUGUUCGUAUAUGGGUAAUAAAUGAAUUCUUCGAUCAAGUUUAUCCUCAUUUACAAAAUAAAUUUGUACUAGUUACUGGUGAAGGUGAUUUAUCAUCACCAAUUCACAUGGAAAUUCUCGAAAGUUCUAAUUCAAAAAUAAUUCAUUGGUUUGGACAAAAUGGACAAUAUGAUGUAUCAAGAAGUAAAAAAUUUACUCAUAUACCAAUUGGUAAUCUAUUGACAUGA